UCGUUCAUCUCAUAUGGCGGGGCUCCGCCUUCUAUCCGUCCCCCGCCCGCUGCUGCAGGAGUCCGCUCUAUUCAUGAAGAAUUUCAUAUCAACAGCACCUCUCCCUCAACAAUGGGCCUCCACACUGCGCUAACGUGCUAAUAUCAAGCUUUUUACAACCUUCAAAUAUGAAUCAUGCAUCUGAUAUUUCUUCCAAAUCUGCUUGCGAGCAUCCUUCUGUCCUGGCUCAAUCCAUUCGGUUUAGCGUCAAAUGUGUACACGGCAGUAGAGAAUGAAGCUGUUAGAGACGCAGUAUCGGCGGCUCUUGAGGUGGAUACAGCUUCAGCACCGGACAGCGGCAAUGUAACACGCCGAACGAACGAGCAUGAGAUUACUUACCCCUCUAGGCUUAUCUACUACGUUAAUGAGGACUCUGAGAGCACAUACCAUGACCUGGACACUCGGACACGGAACCAGCUCACUGGAAACCAGGUGGUGCAUCUUGCCCAAACCAGUUUUCAGCUAGAAGCUUUUGGUUCAAGAUUCACUCUGGAUUUGGCAUUAAACAAUGACUUGCUGUCUUCUGAUUAUGUGGAAAUCCACUAUGAAGACGGCAAACCGGUUCUUUCAAAGGGAGGAGAACACUGCUACUACCAUGGACUGGUGAGAGGGGCCGAGGACUCACGCGUGGCCCUGUCCACAUGCAAUGGGCUCCAUGGAAUGAUCGAUGAUGGGCACUAUGUGUACCUUAUCGAGCCGCUGCAACAGACUCAUUCUGCAGACACAGGGGCACGACCUCACAUGCUCCGCCGGAUGCCCUCUCAGCAGUGGACAGAGGAUCAAGACGAGGACCUGGCUGAGGAAGAUCAGAUACUGUCAGAGCUGGGAGACAUGUCAUGGCUGAGGCGCAGAAAAAAGCGAGCGAUGCCACGCAAUGUGUUUGAGGAGAUGAAAUAUUUGGAGAUCAUGAUUGUCAGCGAUCAUAGCAUGUUUAAAAGACACAAGACCAAGAGACACACCAAGAACUUUGCCAAAUCAGUAGUCAACCUGGUGGAUGCUGUCUUUAAGGACCAGCUAUUCACCCGGGUGGUCCUGGUGGCGGUGGAGAUCUGGACAGAUAAAAACCGCAUCCCCGUCAGCGUGAAGCCCCUGGACAUGCUGCGCGACUUCUCCAAGUACCGCCAACACAACAUCAAGCAGCAUGCUGACGCUGUGCACCUCUUCUCGAACGUGGCCUUUCGUUACCACCGGAGCAGCGUGGCUUAUUUUGGGGGUGUUUGCUCCAUGAAUCGAGGAGUCGGGGUUAACGAGUAUGGCACCACAUGGUCGAUGGCAUCCUUUCUGUCUCAGAGUCUGGCACAGAACCUGGGCAUCCAGUGGGACCCUUCACCCCGAAGAAAAGAAUGCAGCUGUUGGGAUUCGUUUGAUGGCUGCAUAAUGGAGGACAAUGGAGUGCUGCAUCCACGCAAGUUUUCCCGGUGCAGCAUUUCUGACUAUAAAGAGUUCCUGCUAAAAGGUGGAGGAUCAUGCCUGUUCAACAAGCCAUCUAAGUUAUUUGAGUCCACAGAAUGCGGGAACGGGUAUGUGGAGGUUGGGGAAGAGUGUGACUGUGGUGCCAAAGUGGAGUGCUACAAGGAGUGCUGUAAAAAGUGCUCUUUAUCAAAUGGUGCUCACUGUAGCGAUGGGCCUUGUUGCAACAACACCUGCCUGUUCUACCCACGAGGGUACAGUUGUCGCUACGCAGUGAAUGACUGUGACAUUUCAGAGACGUGCUCAGGCGACUCAGGGCAGUGUCCUCCUAAUCUGCAUAAGCAAGAUGGCUACUCCUGUCAACUCAAUCAGGGACGCUGCUACAGUGGAGAAUGCAAAACCAGAGAGAACCAAUGCAAAUACAUCUGGGGCUCAAAAGCUGGAGGCUCUGAGAAGUUCUGCUACGAGAAACUGAACACGGAGGGGACAGAGAAGGGUAACUGUGGGAAGGACGGAGAGAAGUGGAUCCAGUGCAGCAAGCACGAUGUGUUUUGUGGGUACCUGCUCUGCGCCAAUAUUGGGAGAAGCCCCCGCAUUGGUGUAAUGAAAGGAGACAUCACACCCACCUCUUUUAACCACCAGGGCAGGCUGGUGGACUGCAGUGGUGGGCAUGUGCUUCUGGACGAUGAGACGGACCUGGGCUACGUAGAGGACGGGACACCAUGUGGGCCGUCUAUGAUGUGCCUUGACCACAAGUGUCUGCCCAUCCAGUCCCUCAACAUAAGCGCCUGUCCCAGUGGCUCUAGCGGUCAGGUGUGCUCUGCCCACGGGGUGUGCAAUAAUGAGGCCACGUGCACCUGUGAUACCACGUGGGCGGGGACAGACUGCAGCAUGCCCGACCCUCCCAAGGAGCCCGCCCUCGCUGUGGACGAAGGACCCAAGGGUCCUAGUGCCACCAAUCUUAUAAUAGGCUCCAUCGCGGGGGCCAUCCUGGUGGCUGCCAUUGUGCUGGGGGGGACAGGAUGGGGCUUUAAAAAUGUCAAGAAGCGAAGGUAUGACCCCAAUGCCAGUGCUAUUUAAAGGAGAAAUGAAGAAGGCUAUCGCAGGGAGAAUUGUUUCAUUAGUACUCUACAGCUGGACUGAACUUCCUCCUGCUGUUUCUUGCCAUUUGUUUUACUUGAAAAGAAAAAGACAUUAUACAAGAACUUCCAUCUUAGUCGACUAUAAUUCAGUCUCUUAAACCCUCCAUCUGCUCCCAGCUCCAUGAGUUCCCAACAAAAUCCCCCCGCUUUCUCAAAUGACAAACACCCCUUUCAGAAUCCCCAGUGUAGAGGGAUUUGGUAGGAUCCUGUACCAUCUUGUCACCAGGCAUGACCUCCUGUAAAGAACUCCUGGCAUGAAGAGUCCCCACUGAAGGACUGCAUGGCUUUGCAAACAGAGAACUCCAAAGCCAAUAAAAAAAAAAAACAUGGAUUCUUUUUUUCCUUCAAUAAGAGGAGAAAUGCCUCGUUAAAAAAAGAACAACAUCCAAGUGGUUCCCAGCAAAUUCUCCUCAUCAUCACACCCACCCCCCCUCACUUGCCUGGACCUCCAGGAGCCAUGCAGACAAUAUAUGAGUAUAGGUGAGAGUGUAUAUAAAGACAGACGAAUAGUUCAAUUAGUUCAAUUUAACAAAUCGUUUUACACUGCAUUUUACAUAGCAUUUUACUUUUUAGCAUGUUGUAAAGAUAUCUUUUUUUAUUUGGCUAUGUUAAUGAAAAAAAUCAAGAAGCAAUUGUGAUUUUGGCCAAAAUAAUCAUGGUUUUUCCACUUUUUAGCAUGUCGUAUAGCGGGUGUUUUUGGCUGUGUUAAUGAAAAACAAAAUGGAAUUGUCAUUUUGUUCAAAUAAUUAACGAUUAACCAAAUGGCCGUGUAACCUGUUCGGAUGGUGGGCAGUAUUUUCAAACCUAUAAUUGUAUACUGGAAAUUCAGAAAACAAGGAAAUCAGGGUUCAGGAGUCAAGGGUCAUGGUUCUACAUAAUGCCCAAGAUUCGGAAGGAAAUGUCAUAUAGAGGGGGUAAAGGAUCAAGUGUUUGCAUAGGUACAUUAUGAAUUAUGUCACAAGGGUUGCUGAACGCAUCCCAGCAGUGAUGCAAAGCCAAAGAACUAAGCAGUCUAGUGUGUGCGUGGCGUUGUUCAGAACACUCUCCCCUCACUCUGUGCUGCUACCAACAGUAACCAGCAGGACAGCAGGUAGCAGUACCUUAGGCCUGUCUGUCUGUGAAAACACAACACCUCCUUGAUCAGGUCUCACUAACAGUCUUCAUUAACACCCACUAUACUGGCUUGGCCUUGUGUACUCAUUAUCUCUUUACUAGGAAAGCAAGUUAAGGCUCUGCUGAUACGCUGCAUGCACAGUAUAUUGAUACUGGGCUUUAAACUCUUCAAGGGAGUCCCAAAUCUGCAAGAACAUGGUUCAAGAGAUACGUGCAUGACAACACUACAAUUUAACUUUAUUUACUAUGCAAAGAAAGGUAUUGCACAAACUUAUGGGUUAAUAUUAUACUGACAACAAUGAUAAUAUGAUACUACUACCCGUGAGGCGAUCUUUUAUAUGCUUGGCCAGUCACACAUCUGUCCUUUUAUUUAACUGAAAUGAUCAAAUUGUCAUAACCGAAGAGAAAGUAUAAUUUACAUCUGUGGAGCAGAGAAUAAAAUGCUUUUUUUGCACUUGUCAACAAAGCUAGAGUGACUUUUUUUCUUAUUUAACUUUUCCACUGUGGUACAAACAUGAGUUUUCAAAGCUCUGCUCUCCAGCAAAGCUGACAGACUAUGUGUUCCAUGUGCUGCUGUAGCAGCCACCUGAGUCAACUCUGUGUUAACUUCCCAUCUUGUGUGCUUCUACACUGCUUCGUGAUCAGAUGGAAGAUGUUGAUAAAUAAAUUACUGAACUAUUUUA